ACACUUUGUGCUUAAAAUUUUGGAGAUAGGUGAACUAUUCAGGUGUGUUUUAGAUUAUAUUACCUUUCGGAUUCAUAAAAUAUUGGGCUUGUUUAGUUUGCCAAACUCGGGAGAAAUAAAAAGGGACAAACUCUUUAUACGUCAUCCCUAAUUUAUUGAUCUUCCCUAUUUAAAUCUCCAACAGAGGAAUUAAUGUGGAAUUGGUUUUGAUAGAGGUGGAGGUUACAAAGAAUGGUUAGGUUUUCAAUGAAGGAUGAGAUGUCAUCGAGAAAAUAGUUGGUGCCGAUGUCGAUAUAGCGGACGAAACGAGAGAGGUAGGAGAUGUUGGCAGGAAGGGGCCCGACCAAAUAUUUUUUGUGACGAAUCUAGGUUUUGUAUGUCGAACCAGUUCCAGAGGAUAGUGAAAAGCCAUAACCCAUAGUGAUCGAUGAGAGAUCAAAGGAAGACACAAUUGUUAAGGUAGAGAAAAUUACACUUUCAUACUCACUAAUAUAUUUUGGUAUAAAAUAGAUAAUGAUACGACCCAGAUUACAUUUAAUGAUUUGAUUACAACAAAUAUUAGGUGACUCAAAAGCUAAAAUUUAAAUUGCAAAUGAUGCAACCCACUACUUUUGUAUAAGUGAUCCAUGUCGAUUGUCGACCUAGCAUUGGACGCUUCAGGUCGACCUCACAGUACAGAUGUAAUCCCCAACACGCUAUUAUUCCCCGCGUCUAAGAGCCGCCUAACUUGCUUUAAGAAAGGAAUUUUAUUCGGCCAUUUCUGUACGCAGACCACAUUAUCGGAGGAGACGCUGUUCAUUGCUUCUGCUCUCUCUAUAAUUCUCUCAUCUUUCGAUAUCUCUAGUUACAGCUUUCCUUCCCUGAGUAGGAUCUAACGCAAUGGUGAGUUGAUUCUUUUUCUCGUCUUCAUGUUUCUCUUCUAUUAUUUCAGCUCUGAUAGCCUAGGGUUUCCAUUAUUUUUUUGUCUUCGAUUUCUGCUGGAUUAUGAAUCUCCGUGUGAGGGAGUGCUCCCGUUCGAUCUGUGCUCGAUCUCAGCUGUCCUGAACCUGAAAUUCGCUCAGAUUUCGUCAUUUAUGCCGCUGCGGGCUAUUUCUCCCGUGAUCUAAUCUUACCUAGUGCGUAACUGUAGAGAUCUGAGUUGCUCUUCUCCUUCGUCGCAUUUUCUUGCGUAGAUCUAUCGGAAGUUGUGCUGAAUUUUGAACCGAGCUCGGAUUUUAGCUGUAUUCCUUCUUUCGAUUGUGACGAUUGCUCUUGUGUUUAGCUAAGAGGAUCAAGGGUUCAUUUGUAUGCAAUUUAGGCGUUUGGUUUUGUGUUCUGUAUCUGUUGUCGAGCUGGAUCGAUGAUGAUGAUGUUUGGCGUUAGUUCUGCAAUUACUCCAUGGCAGCUCCUCUUUCAUUGAUUUGCUUGUAUUGCAGCUUUUCUAUGGGUUUACUUGGUAGUGUUUCUAUUAGUCAUGAUCCAAGUUUUGAGGUUCGAGGGAAACUAUGAGAUUUAUUGCGUUAUCAAUUUAGGCUUUUCAAUAUUGGAUUUGUUUUCCUCUUGGGAUUGGAUUUGGCAGUUAAUGAAUGAAUCUGAUCGAUAGCUCCAAAAAUAACUUGCGUCGACUUAGUAGGCUCGUCUUUGAAUUAUGAUUCUGGCGUCACAGGGGAGCUAGAGUUUGACUUAGUAUUGACUACUAUGGACUGUACGUUCAUGUUACCUUUUAGGCAAAUGCAGCAUCCGGGAUGGCAGUCCACGAUGACUGCAAAUUGAAGUUCUUGGAGCUGAAGGCAAAAAGAACCUACCGCUCCAUAAUUUUCAAGAUCGAGGAGAAGCAAAAGCAAGUUGUUGUGGAGAAGCUUGGCGAUCCAAGUCAAAGCUAUGAGGAUUUUGCUGCUAGCAUCCCUGCUGAUGAGUGCCGCUAUGCUGUUUAUGAUUUUGACUUUGUCACAGUGGAGAACUGCCAGAAGAGCAGGAUAUUUUUCAUUGCAUGGUCUCCUGACACAGCGAGGGUGAGAAGCAAGAUGAUUUACGCGAGCUCAAAAGACAGGUUCAAGAGAGAGCUCGAUGGGAUUCAGGUAGAGUUGCAAGCAACUGAUCCUACAGAGAUGGGGCUCGACGUGUUCAAGAGCCGUGCCAACUGAAUGGGGACAGACAUAUAAGGGGCCAUCUGUCAAUGGCUUGUGGCCUUUCAGGAUUUGCAUUUACUUGUGGUGUUAUGUUUAUAGUUUGGUGUUGAAUGGAGAGAAUUGUGAUACUGGUUUUCUGAGUUCAACCUGCUGUUCUGAACAUCCUUUUGUUCGUUUGAAGCAUGAAUACCUGGCUUUGUGAUCCAUAGAACCUUUUUGUGUUCUGACUGCGUUUCUCGUAGUUGUAUGUCUACGAGCUAAUUUGUAACUGUGUGUUUGUGGAGGGGUUUUAGGCAAGGCCUUGAGUUGAGUUGAAGGUGGAGAAGUGCUUGACCAUUGUCAUUCUACUUUAGGAUUGCUAAGAAAGGUGCCUCAUAUCCUGCAGUUACGAAGUUUGUUCUUGCUAUGUACUUCUAUUACUAAAGGAACUAAACUCCCUUUAUAUCUCCUUCUAUCACGUUUACAUAUGGAAAAACCCCCCAAUAUUUGAGUAUUUCCCAAGCCUAACUUAAUUUGGGUAAUUUUACUUAUGAGGCAUAUUCAUAUUCAAUUUUUUAGUUGGUUGUAAAUUGGAUCCAUAUUAUACAAAGUCAAAAAUAAUAUGGGUACUCAAUAUAAAAUAACUUGAAAGUUGGAAACACUUUAAUGUAAGGUGUAUAAUUGGGUCAAACAAAAAAAAAGUGUAUAAUUGGGUUGUACGUAGUUAUUGAAAUGGCUGGUAAUUUUUGUUAUGUGUAUGCAAUCAUCUGGUCCCAGUUAAACUUAUUUGAUUCUAACACAAAUGAAUGGACCCAAAUACUAUAAUUCAAAUACAACCCAAACCCAAUAUCAUUAAAAGUGCAAAUAGUUCUAUUUGGGUCAGGCCAACCAUACGAGUCAUGAUAAUUGGACCAAAUUACCCAAGAAAUGUACCCAUUGUCA